UUGGAAAUAAUGUAAUCAUCAUAUCAGAUGAAUUUCCUAUUGGCGCUGGUCGGUCGCCUGCUGCCAAUAAACACUACUAAUGAGGUCGAUAGAUUUCACUCAGUGGUUAUCUUUUUAAUAGAUAACUUUAUCAGUACUAUAAGCCGCGUCCCUGGUAAAGUGCAGUGUUUACAAGUUAUACAACCGGACUCCAUAAUUUGAAGAAGUAAAAAGUUGUCAAGAUAUUUAUAUUUUAAAUGUUGCCUUCAAAAAUGCAAGUUAAUAAAAAACUAUUACCCAUAAAGGGUCAUUUUUUCUUCUUUAAUGCUGGCACCGCGCCGCUUGUACCGUACUUAUCAACUUACGCACGUCAAUUAGGAUUCUCAUCUGCCACGGUAGGAUUAAUUUACACAGUACUGCCCAUAUUUGGUCUUAUCGCAAAACCUCUAUUCGGUGUUAUUGCCGACAGGUUUAAAAAACAAAAAUCAAUAUUCAUAUUAUUUCAAAUAAUAACUAUAAUAAGCUUCGGAUCAAUAUACUUAAUACCAGAAAACAGAAACUGGUCGGUUGAAUUAGAUUGCGACGGUGGUAUUACUAUGUUACAAAGUUGUUACAAGAGUAAAGAUGCAGUAGACAUGUGUAAAGUUGAUUACUUGAGUAAUUUAAGCUCCAAUGCUACGUCUAAAUGUGAAAUGAAUUGUGAUAUGACGUCGCCUAAAAUGUGGCAGACGGUUUGCGAACAUUGGCACAUACCACAGUACUGCUUCAGUAACACCAACAACAUACAAUAUUCCUCUAUAGUCAGUAAUGUUACUUUGAAGAACGACAGUUGUGCCUAUAUUGCUGCAAGUAAUGUAACCUUGGACGGUCGCAUAUUCAGUCCCUCCUGCAGACUGGGCAAAGUCUAUGUAGAUGUUAACGAACCCUGUGCUUUCAAAUGUGAUAACACAAAGUUAUCUACAGCCAUAGGGAAGGAUCGUGUGAAUAUGACCUGUGUGGACCAAAAUAUAAAUUACAAACUAUGCCCUGCAGAUACUGCUCAAGUUAAAGAACUUACUAAAGAUCCUUUAAAUAGCACAUGUGAGGCUUCAUGUGAUCUUGACGUGAAUGCUCCGUGGCGGCUUAUGGAAAUAUGCGAGUGGUGGAAGGCAGACACUGCCAGCUACUGUCAACCAAAGACCCGGCAGGGUGAAGAAUUCCCAAAAAACCUGUCCUUCACCGGAGAAGUACUGUUAUCUUCGACAAUCAAGGAACAUGAAUGCGUUUAUAUGCGGCUUCAUCACAUCGAAUUGCCCGAUGAAAACGGCGUUGUAACAAAACAUUAUCCUGUUUGUGGAGCAAAAGCACAAUACGAAAAUAAAACUGAACUGUUUCGUUCUUCUUGCAGUAUACGCUGUGACAACGCUGUGGUGAAUGAGUUAAUCGAGGGCGCAGUAGAUAGCAGUAAUGAUAAAAAUGAAUUCACAACAACGUUUUGGCUAUUUUUCUUCUUAAUGAUAGUUAGCUGGAUCGGACAGGCCGUUGUUGUCACAUUCGCUGAUGCUAUCUGCUUCAAUCUGCUUGGUACUAAAGUAUCACAGUAUGGAAAACAAAGACUGUGGGGUUCAGUUGGAUGGGGUAUCUUCUCACUGCUGACUGGAGUUCUCAUAGACACUUUUAGUGAUGGAGCUUACAAAAACUACUCUAUUGCAUUUAUUCUCAUGUUCGUGUUUAUGAUGGGUGACGUCGGUGUUUCUUGUUUUGUAGAGACUGAUUCAACUAAGAUGUCAAUGAACAUUUUAGCUGAUGUUGGUUCCUUGUUAUCGUCUUUGCCAACAUUCUUAUUCUUAGUGUGGACGGUAGCAGUUGGUAUGUGCACUGGUUUACUGUGGCAAUUCCUGUUUUGGUUGUUGGAAGACAUAUCAGGGCUCACCUGUGAUGGCUCAGGUUACAUAAAAACCUUGCAAGGAUUAGUCAGUGCAAUACAAACGUUUGGAGGAGAAAUACCUUUCCUGUUUGUGUCUGGUUAUGUACUUAAAAAAGUUGGUCAUAUAAACAUGAUGAGCCUGGUUCUACUGGCGUUUGGUGUGAGAUUCAUCUUGUACUCGUUUCUAAGCAACCCCUGGUGGGUACUGCCUAUUGAAAUGUUGCAAGGCGUUACUUUCGGCAUGUUUUAUCCGACAAUGACUUCGUAUGCCAAUAUUGUCUCACCACCGGGUACAGAGACUACUGUUCAGGGACUGGUCGGAGCUGUCUUCGAAGGCGUUGGUACAUCCUUAGGUAGUUUUAUUGGAGGUCAACUGUACGGGACAUAUGGAGGAUGGAUUACCUUCCGUUCUUUUGGCAUUGGCGCCCUAUUAUGCUGUGGAUUGAACUGGCUGGCUUUCUUUAUUAUAAAGGAUAAAAUUGGCCACGCUAGAGUGCCUUCAGGUUAUUUGUCCGUCAUUCGAUAUGAACAACCAAAUGAUAUGGUUUAUAUGUUGGAAGAUAUGUCGGAGGGAAGAAUGUGAUAACGAUAAGUUGGUAAUAUGUACUUAUUAUAUUUAAGUUGCUCGUGGAGCUGUAACUUCCUGACAAUUGUUAGUAACUAAGUGAAAUCUGUGAUUCUUUUGCUUUGACAUAAUUGCACAAAUGAAUACUGUGAGACAGUUGAAGAAUUAUAUUUUUAUAUAAUACUAUUAUUUAUUUAUUACAAAUAAUUCACGGAAAUGCGUGACUAAUAAUCCAAAUGAGGAGUAGCAGUAUUAAAUGGCAUAUGCUGAAGGUAUAACAUAUCCAGUAAGCCCUCACUUACAUUUAUGUAGGUCUUGCUUCCUGUGAUUGUAAUUCUAAAGCCAUUUAUAUAUACAAAUACUAAAGCGUCAUUUAUCUCGUAAGUGUAUUUUUGGUACUUCAUUUAUAGUGACAAAAAUAUAGCUAUUUUGAAAGUACAUUGUAUAACUUAACAUUGAGUAAAAUUUCAGAACCUAUUCGGAUUUGGUAUUAAAAAAAUUUUGAUAUAAAAACUCAAAUUAAUCUUAAUUUUAACAUUUGAAAUGUAACAGUGGUAAUUUGAAUUUGUUCCAAAGGCAUUGAUGGGUUGACUUUUUUAUUGGUUUUGGAUAAUCACCUAAUUCAGAAAGUGUUGCUAUU